CCUUGUUUGACAUGUCUUCCUCUAUUAAGCGAACCCCUCUAAUCUUUCAUUUCUAUCUUCCCAUCCCAUGUUCGCCUCCUCGAGCCACUGCUCACACGUACCACCGACGCCCAACGAUACGCAAUCCCAACAGUAUCUACGCGAUCUCUCCAACUUCACAGCAUCUCAAACUCGAACACCCCCAACGCUACUUCUCUAUAUCAGCCACUCACGCCUAACGCUAUGUUCGUCUCCUUGGGGCACUGCCCACACCUACCACCUACGCCCGACAAUACGCAAUCCCAACAGUAUUUACGUGAUCUCGCCAGCAUAACAGCAUCUCAAACUCGAACACUAACGCCGCUCAAGCCCUCUAGCAUCGCAGCCUAGAUGAGUCACCCAUGCCCGCUGCCAAGUCAGAUAUCGCCACGGUCACAUCUCCUACUGUGUGGGUGGCCUUGAGCCUA